AUGGUUGAUAUCGCUUAGCAUAUACUAGAUAUUCAAUUUAUUUCAAAUUUUUCAAUUUAAUUUAUAGAGAUUGUUAAAAAUAUGGGAAUUGCAUCGGAAAAUUUAAUGGAGGGUGUUAAGCGACACCAUAAUUAUGCGAAGAGAUAUUAGAGGAAUUGUUUUGUGAAUUAAAUUAUAAUAAAGAAAAGUGCAUUUGGCUUGGAGCUAAGUGUGAAUAAUUAGAAUGUAUUAAGUGAGCGAAUAGGAUUGGAAACCGAUAAGAAAUUGGGUUAAAAUGCCAAAUUAUAAAAGUCAUAAAAUUUGCUAACAGGCAAGCCAACAUUGCAUUUUAAAAAUUAAUUAGAUUGUGAAAACAGAUGGUUAUAUUUCGCCAAUUGCAACCAAAUGUUAUUGGUGUUCACUUUACAUGCAAGUAACAUGACCUCACCUAAAUCACAUUAGGAUUGCAACGAUUAUUCUUUCUAACAGACAAUCAAUGCAGCAUAGAGCUAGAAUUAUUAUAAAUAUUAAGAUGCUUGUGUAAGUACGAUUGAUGGUUUGGAUUGUAUUUGGUAUUCUAAUGCAUCUAUAAGUUAUUGUCAAGCUACAAUUCAUCACCUCUCAACCUGGACACAUUCAUCAUGUCAUUUUUGGAAGGAUUAUUGUAUGUCGCUAAACAACACAGAAUGUUAAAGUCUAGAUUGCUCAAAGCUAACAAUAAUUGCAGACUGUAAUAUUUUUGGGAUAGUUUGGCCUGUUAAAGCAUUGGUGAUUGUAGCAAGUACCUCUAAUGACUCGAUGUGUUCAAGUACAAAUAAUUCCAAAGGCAUCCCUUGCUUUUGUGAUGGUACCACCUUCACUCAAUCAAGCAAAAUGUAAUGGUUGGCUAAUUAAUUGUUAAUUGAAUAGGGAUAAUAAUCGAUGCGUAGAAGAUUGCACUUAUGCAAAUACUUCAAAUAACACUCAUUAACUAUGAUACAACUAGAUUUAAUUCAAUGUGUAGACUUCCAUUUUCUUGUCUUUCAGCAAAAUAAAUUUGGAAAAAAAUGCUUCUUUUAGGUUUCAUUCAAUCAAUGUGUCAAUUUAACAUGUUCAAACGUUUAAGCAUCGUAUACAACACAUGAAAAAUGUAACUCAAGAUAAAGAUCUUGUACAGUUAAUUCAAAUUGGAUGGAUGCCAAUAAUUAAAUAUUUGCAGUAGUUAUUCAAGCAAAGAAUAAUCUUAAAUUGAUUCAAAUAAUGUAGAAUGUUAAUGGACGAUAAGUUAAAAUAUAUGUACAAUAAAAACCUGUUCAACUGCACAAUUGCCCUUAUAUUCAGCAUAUAGUUGUCAUUAGUAUUUUGAGAAUUCAUGUACUGUAAAUGAGAUCUUGGAUGGCUGCAUAAUUGGCCAAUCCUUGUGCAUGA